AUGGCGACUUUGAAAAAAACAUUACCCCAGGGGGGUACCGGCCGGUCUCCGGUCGGAGAAUCCCUCCCCACGCCUAGGGGCGUGGGCAGCCCCACCGUAUCUGGGGGGGGCACAAACCGCCAGAGGGACGCAAGUCCCUCCUUCUUCGAAAGUUCGCAGCCAGAGGCUGGCACAUCCGACGCAGAGUCGUGGAUGAGCGUGGAGAGCUUAGUGGAGGACUCGGUCCCCCGAUUGCGGCGCCUGAAGAGGGGUCGUGAAAGGGAGGAAGGACCUAGUACAGAAAUGCCGGCGCCUAAAGUGGUGGCGCGGCGAGGGCGUCCCAAGUCGGCGCUGUCCGCUGACGCCCGCAAGGGUCAGGCGGCGGCACGACGAGACGAGGCAGAAAAAGUAGUGGCGCAGUUGACCAGUGAGGCCGAAGCGCUGAGAGAGACGCAGGCGGCGAGCCCUGCGGAGGAGGCUCUUGAGGACCAGGCCGCAGCGUAUUGUAAAGUGAUACGCGAAAUUGCGGCCCGAUCGGGUAACCUCAAGGGCACCUUCCAAAAGGGCCUGAAGGAUGCUGCCGCGUCGCUCGAGAGAAUUGUGUCGGUCUUGGGCUCCAGAUCGGCGAGUGAGGAGGCCGAAAGGCUCCGCGCUGUUAACCGGCGUAUGGAGCUUAAGGUCUCCGCAUUGGAAAAAGAAAUGGCGGAGUUCAAGGCCGCCAUUGAAAAAGAGCGAGCAGAGCGGGCGGCGCAAGUGCCGGCUUCGCUAGGCGGCCUCCGGCAGGAGGAGACGGAGGGGCUAAAGCGCCUCAUCCUCACUACAGUAGGCCCCUUGGUCAAUGCCAGGUUUGAGGGAAUUCAGGGCCGUCUCCUACCAGAGAAGAACGUGCGGCCGGCGCUUGCUGCUGAUAAACGCCGAGCAUUGGCGAACGAAAGGCUGGCUGCCUCGGUGGCCGACAUGGUGGACGAAUCUGACACCGAGGUGGAGGAGGUGCCGGCGCCGACGCCGACGCCGGUAAGCCGGACCGCCAUAUGGAGGAAGGCUCCUUCUCAACCGGCUCCCGAGCCUGUGCCCGGUAAGGGAAAGGGCAAAGGGAAAAAGAGCCGGAAAGACAGGAAGAAUGGGAAGGAUGCUUCUCCAGCAUCCGGACAAGUGUCGGAGCCAGUGGCCUCGACGUCCACGGCCCCGCCUCCACGAGCACCGCCUCGUAGGGUGGCUGUAGAUGGGCCAUCCUAUGCGGGGGUAACCGCAUCACCAGACCUAUCGCGGGCCCCACGACCCGCGCCCCGUUCUGCACCGCCUUGUCAUGUGCGUGUGUUGCAACCUGCCCCUGGGCCAGUGGAGCAACCCUUGAGGCAGGUGCCAAUUAGGGGGGGUGCGCGCAGGCCACCACCCGCUGCCGCUGCCCCAAGCCACGAGACGCGAAUUGCCGCCAGCAGGUCGACAAAGACCCAGCUCCGGAUGCCAAGGCUCCGCCCUCCGCGAUCCGCUGCGGUGCUUUUAAAGGUUCAAGCGGACGCGGAAAAGCGCGGAACCACCUAUGGCCAGAUCCUGGAUCUGGCCCGGGAGAAGGUGGACCUCGGUGCCCUGGGUAUAUCCGGGGUUAAGUUUAAAAGGGCGGCUACUGGCGCUCGCAUAUUGGAGAUUGCGGGCGCCGACAGAGAUAAUAAGGCCGACCAGCUGGCGGCCAAGUUGCGGGAGGUCCUGGAUCCCCAGACUGUGGAGGUGUCCAGACCCCAGAAAAGCGCGGACCUGCGCGUGCUGGAGCUGUGCGAUUCGGCCACACCUCAAUUGGUGCGUCAAGCCAUCGCUCGUGUAGGUCAAUGCCCCGAAUCCGAAAUAAGGGUCGGGGAUAUCAAGGAGGAGCAUGCGGGCACUCGCACCGCUUGGGUGAGGUGUCCCGUUGCGGCGGCCAAACGGCUGACCGCUAGUGGCGCAAAGCUCCUGGUCGGAUGGGUCUCGGCAAAAGUCAAACUGUUGCCGACUAGACCCAUGCAGUGUUACCGCUGCCUAGAGAUAGGCCAUGUGAGCCAGCGGUGCACUGCAGAGGCCGACCGGAGUCUGUCGUGCUACAGAUGCGGAGAGCUAGGCCAUAAGGCUGCCGUGUGCAACGCCGCCCCAAAAUGCGUACUUUGCGCAGGGGCGGGCAAACCCACGGGACACCGGGCCGGAAGUGCCGCUUGCCCUAGCGCGCGUAGAAGACGAGGAGGAAGGCGGGGUGCGCCCGAGGCUACGGCCCAGGCGCAACCCGCACUUGCGGCUCAGAGCGCCGAAGCGAUGGAGACGGGGGCCUCAGAAUAA